AUGGCGCAGGGCAGUCAAGACGACAGCCCUCCUAGGAAAACUGCCCGUGUUGUUGGUCCUUCUACUGAACCUACUGCUCCACGGGAUCGUAGCUCCACUCAUGCUUCUAACCGCAAACGGUCAGAAGAGGCUAAUAGAGGAAAGGGUAGAGGAAGGGGUAGAGGAAGGGGUAGGAAUGCUGAACAAGAGCCUGUUGUACAGGAUCAGCAGGAUGAUGAGAUUAUGGCUGAUCAGCAGGAUGAUGACACUGAGGCGGAGGAGACUAGUGGUGAGGAGGAGACUAGUGGUGAAGAGGAGGUUGAGGAGGAUGUCGGUGCUGACCUUGAGGCGGAGUUUGAGGAGGAGUCUGGUGAUGAGGACGAUGAGAACAGGUUGUGGUAUGAGGGAGGUCCGUUUGACCUUUGCUUGUUGUCUAAGUAUGGCGAACAUAUAGCUCGUGACAUAUGGAGGUCAUACAAGCGGCCAAAUUAUGAGACUAGAGGCGUGCUCAAGACCUAUAAUCAUGGGAGGAUGUGUCAUCCUGUAGUUCAUCAUGCUCGGUACAUAAGGGGUGUGGUGCAUGAUGCAGGUUUGCGGUGGGUGAUGAAAUGCACAAGCCCGAGUGUUGACCAGAGCAUUAUUUCUGCUUUUGUUGAGCGAUGGCAUCCUGAGACGUCAUCUUUCCACUUACCCUGGGGGGAAAUGACGAUCACACUUGAAGAUGUCUCAGCAUUACUCCACUUGCCUGUAGAGGGUGAGUUCUUCUCCUUUGGUAACCCGACUAGGGAAGAGGCGGCUCCUGCGGUUGCUCAGUUACUUGAUGUGGACAUUGAGCUUGUGAUGGAGGAGUUUGAUGCUUGUAGGGGUCCAUCUCUUCGCUUUAGCUUUCUCCAAGCUAUUGUGGACAAACACGUAGCGGCCAACAAUGAAGUUCCUGCAUGCCGAGCUUACAUGCUGCGGUUGAUUGGCAUGACCCUUUUCUGUGACAAGAGCAACACAUAUAUUGGUGUUGUGUAUUUGUCUCUGUUUGAAGAUGUUGAGAAUGCAUCAAGGUGGAACUGGGGAGCUGCCACUUUGGCUUACUUGUAUGGUCAGCUCGGGGAGGCCAGCAGGAACGGUGCUAAGUCUGUUGCUGGUUAUUUAUCUCUUCUGCAGUCAUGGGUGUUUGCCCACUUCCCCGGAUCCUUGUUUGAGCGCAGGGACAACCCUGCCUACACGCCAGACAGGCCCGUUGCACUAACUUGGGAGGCGCUUCGAGGGACUACUGAGGUUGCGCAGAAGAGGAUGAACCUGGAUACGUUUCCGGCCAGUUCUGUGAUUUGGAGACCUUAUGUAGAGCAUUAUGCUCACUGGCCCUUCCCUCAGGUUGCCUUGUAUAGGGGAUUUAUCAAGCAUGCCGGGAUGAUAUUCCCAUACCUCCCAGAUCGAGUCAUCAGGCAGUUCGGCCGGAUUCAGUAUGUGCCAGAUCCCCCACCAUCGUCAGUUACGUGCCGGGAGUGUGAUCGUCGAUUUGCGCACUGGAAUGAUCACAUUUGUCAUCUGUCGGAAGAAGCUGCUUUCCCUUUUCAGACCACUGGCGAAUACACUCCUUGGUAUAUCAAGGUCUCACACCCUUACAUGGUCCCAGAUGAGUACAAAGGCGACCGCUUCUCAUUUCUAGAGAGCCAGUUUGCGGAGCUUGCGUUGUACUCUGGCAUUGCGGUUGAUCCGACGACAGAUGGAUCGCCCCCGCCGGGUUCACCGAUGUGGGAUGCGGUGCACAAUAUGCAUACCAUCAUCGAGGGAGCAGUGCACGGGAGGGGAAGAAAGAUCAGGGGACGGGACUCGGGAGCUGGGCCUUCAAAUUCUGGGCGCUAG